CACCACGCAACUACAUCAUAUUCGGUUUAUUCGGAAAGAACCGCAAAAAUAGCACGAGAUUUGAUCUGAAAAAACAGGGAGAAAAGAAAUUGAAAUCCAUUAAACUGCAACGUAGUUCCAGACGAGGCAAUAAACAGAUGUCGCAGAGGUACUAGACGCUGGAGUUCCGAGAGCCACGUGGCUUCGGCCUGCCGCACGCGGUGGCAAUGAACAAGCAGGCGGUUUUAAUACUUCUGUCCACCGGCUGCAGCUCUUUGCUGCACUGCGACCAUGCGCGGGCCUUGCAGCAGUUUGCCUUCCUGGAGCAGGGCCACGAGCUGGUCGAGGAAAAGAAAAAGUACAAGAACGGCAAUGACAUCAUCCGCUUCGGAACGGCGACGGAUCUAGGAAUUGUGAAUGUAAUUGCUGGGUCUGACUGGACCGGUGCAAGAUCUGUCAUGAUGUGGGUCUUGUAUGAUGAUUUUCACAGGUUUGUGAUGCUCGUCCACGCAAAGCAAGUGCAAGGUCCUCCCCUUUCAUGAGAUGCAAUAAAAACGCGGUUUUUAGUCAUGCAGACCCAGAUCGCUAUUUGCAUUUGAUAGGAUGGGCAGAGUUUCUGGUUCCAUGCCUGGGACUGGUACGAAGAAGACGACCUGGUGGACCCUCACCCGGAAGCCGGGGCCUCUGCGAAGACGGUUCCGUCUAUUGUCGCCUACAGUGCGCGCACGCCCUGUCCGGACUCGAUGCAGCAGCAAAGCGAGGCGUCUAGUACUACUGGAGACAUCAAGAACAAAAGUCUGCUGCCCAUCUGGCGCCUGGCGGUCGACCCGACGGGCGCACCCCUGGUCUGGGUGACGGAGCUUCUGUGGGUGCACGUCAACGGGGGCGCGGCAUUCCGGACCGGGGCUUGGGCGGGCCAGCCGGGCUGUGGCGGACCCGACGGAACCUUCCAGGACGUGGUGGGAUGCCACCGCCUGUUGCGCAUCCCGGGGGCGGUGUGGUGGCGGGCAAGCGAGAAGCUGGCGUCCGGGGUGGAAGCCGGGCCCUACUACGUCGCCUACGCUAUUUCCGUGGAGGAUUUUGGGGAAGAGGUAUCGACAGCGAAAAUCCCCCGCCAUGUGUCUAUACUCGAUGGAGGGUUUGUCUGCCCUGCCCAACAGCUGUAAGCAGACUUCUAUCUAAUGGCGACACAAGCUUACUAUACACCAUCUGCCCAACAAGCUGCCUGGAUGCAAUGGCAUAGAAAUGAUUUUUUGUCGUGUAUUCUACGCGAUGAACCUCCUGGGACUUCUUCUUCUACUCGGUAUGCAAAUCUCACGGGAGGGGGGAUUCAUUUGAUUUCCGUCUCAUACAACAUCCGCAACCGCAGCCUUCAAUUGCAGACGCUGCACGAAGUCGCGCGAUUGUACUUCAACCACGGCCAAAAGUCACUCGCUGGUGCGUUGAACGUGUUUGAGUACUACUACCACCCGGGCAACAAGGAGACGAGCUGGGCGGAGCAGGGGAUGCAGGCGAAAAUAGUGAUUUCGAUGUCUGUGCAGAUCCGCCCCCAGAAAGAGACGGAGCACAAGGGCAUCGCGCGAAAUAAGAAUGCCGCGAUCAAUUACCAGUUCGGGAAGGGCGAAGCCAGUCUGAAACUGCACGGGUUUGCUGCCGCGUGGUCGUACCAGGACUUUCACGCCCGAGCCGGGGUCGAGGAGAUGCGGCAAGCGGAUGCGGUGGGGCCCAUGGCUUGGCUCGCCGAGUGCUACAUGCUAUUUGCUAGUACUAUUCGUCCUGCUGGAGUAGAUCAUGUUCAUGAUCAUGCUAGUACUACUCGUCCUCCGAAGCCGUACGAGAAUGGCGCCGUCAUGCUCAAUCUCAGAGACGACCCGCACAAACUUUUCUACGAGUACGACAAGGAAGGGUUUGCCGAAUGGAUGAAGAAACCUCCGCUGCAAGAAGAAGAACAAACGGCGCUCGUCCCUGCUCCAGCACCGGCUUCUGCGGACAAAACCGGGGAGGAGGACGCCGCAAGUGAAGCAGCGAGUUCUUCUUGAAGGGAGGGGGCGGAGGGAAUUUUUGUCGGUUCCACAGGGUUGUGGUUCUGCUUUGCGUGAAGCGGCAAGAUCAGCAGCAGCCAGAUGCGGUUAAUAUGAUUCCGAUACUUAAUCCAUGUCGACACUGCAUGAUCUGUACCUUUAAACCUUCUCAAUGGGGAUGAGUAUUUUUAACGCGAUUGUUUCUGGAGUUGACGUAAUUUUGAAAUUGAAUACCAUGCAAGUAGCGAUCGAAGUUUCGAUCUCGUGUUUCACUUUGAUUGUCUGCCAAUGGAAAUAAAGGAAUAGUAAAUGCAAAGGACUUCUUCUUCUUCAGUUCAUCGCCGAGGCCGAUUGUAUGAUGCGUAAUCUUGUCACUCCAGUCUAUUGACAGACGACAGCGAUGAUCUGCGAAGACAGUGUAAAUGAAAAAA